AUGAUUAUCUCGCCUCCUCCUACUCUGCCAUCAAGGGCUGUGAUAGAUGACGAGCGGAGAUUCGAAACAAUUACUUUGCCCUGUGAAUGGGUGGAGGAUUAUCACCCCGGGGGUUAUCAUCCCGUCGUUCUCGGCGAUGUCUUCAACGACGGCCAGUACAAGGUCAUCCGCAAGCUCGGGGAGGGCUCCUACUCUACGGUCUGGCUCGCCCAUGACCUGAAAUUCUGGUGUCAAGACAUCUCCAGAUUGACCACUGAAGUACAAAUGUUACGCCACAUCACAGACACCGCACCAGCACAGGCAGCCCAGUAUAAUACGCGACUGCUGGGUGAGUUCGAUCACCGUGGCCCCAAUGGUGUCCACAGGUGUCUGGUCUUCGAGCCCAUGGGUCCCAGCGUAAACACGAUGGUCGAGGAGCUGCCGCAGUUUAAACCUCGUCUGUUUGGCAUGAACAUCCGCUAUCCGCUUCCGAUGGCAAAGAGUAUCCUCAAGCAGUCCUUGCAGGCGCUUGCAUUUCUCCACGAGAAUGGGAUCGCCCAUGGAGAUUUCCAGCCAGGAAACAUCCUCUUCGCGCUAACUGAUCUGGACUCGACCCCCGAGGACGUGCUCCGGCAGGAGGAAGACGUGCAAGCCCGAUUGGUCUCGCCGCCGGUAGAGAGGCUCGACAGGAAACAAGACAAAUGGGCGCCGCGAUAUCUUUGCGUUGCGCAGCCGCUGGUGCCUUUCACUCGCUACACGGAAGGGUUCAAGGUCAAAUUAUCCGAUAUGGGUGGCGCCAAGCCCGUUACACCACUUGGGCUCCGAGCCUCCGAGUUAAUCCUGACCGGCACCGUCAACAACACUCUCGAUGUCUGGAGCUUCGACUGCCUGGUUUUUGAGCUAAUCACCGGACAGCCACUCUUCUGUAUCCCGGGACCCGAGCAUGAAGAUGAUGACCAUCUUCUCUCCCUCACUGCCCAGCUCGGGCCCCUCCCCGACGAGCUCUUCAAGCAUUGGAAGACCUCGUCACUAUACUUUACCCCCGAGAAGAAGCUCUUCAACUGCGAGCUAGGAGGAGCCACUCCGGGCGAGGAACCACUCAUGGUGGAGGAGAGCUCCAUGGAAGAGUUAUUCGAUCAGGCGGGUCCCGAUCUAGAUGACGAGGAAGCUCGUCAAGUGAAGGCACUCAUUCGAUGGAUAUUGCAGUAUGAUCCUGCGAAGAGACCGUCGCCUGCGGAGAUCUUGUCCGAUCCUUGGUUCAGGCAGAUUGAUAUAGAGGACGAUUCGUCCUAG